AUAGGAAUCAAGAAAAAGUCCAAAGUGCCAGGAGUCAUGAUAACACAGUUUGAGGAGAAACUUCCCUACGGAAUGACAACUCCCGAUUUUUCCCGCAAACCCAUCGCAAUCACUAUUCAAGAAGGGAAAAGUACAUUUUUCAAAGCCAUAGUCGUGGGAAAUCCAAAACCCACCGUCACGUGGACCCGAGCAAAGGGGGAAAUUGUUUUUCACCCAGACACGUGCAGACAAAAUUAUAAUGAAUCGUCACAUGAGCAUACUUUGGAGUUUCCCAAGGUGGCUCCAGAGGAUGCCGAUACCUACAAGUGUUACGCGACAAAUGAUUAUGGACGAGCCGUUUGCACCGCGCUCCUCAACGUUAUUGAAGUGGGAUUCUCUAAAACCAAAGAACUUCAAAAGACGUAUGGUGACGAUAUACCAGACUUCCUUCGAAAAAAGCUUAAAAAACGAGCUCCAGAAGCGGAUGUACAAGAUGAAAAGAUGGCGACUUCAGAAGAGAAGGUUUGGGAAAUUCUCAUGAACGCGGACAAGAAAGACUAUGAGCGCAUCUGCAUCGAGUACGGCAUCACCAACUUUCGCGGGAUGUUGAAGAAACUGAAGCAGAUGAAGCAAGAGCAAGACAUUGACGUCGUUGAGUUUGUUUCACACAUCAAUACUCUGAAACACAUCGAGGAAUACGAUGACGAUGACGCAUCAAUUGACUUGGAUUCGGAGCUCAAAGAACUGAAUAGUAAAGUAUUCCUUUACAAGGACGGUGAAAUGGUCGCCUUCGCAAAAGAAGAAUGCGAUGAACUCAAACAUUCUCUAAAGCAAGUUAGCAAAAAGCACGACGCCGGCAUAUACUCUAUGGAUGUGGAGGGUGCCACCGGAUUGAGCAGUGACUUUAAAGCACCCGAUGUGGACUUUGCUAUUAAAAUCCAAGAAGUGAAGGCAGAGGAAAGACAGGACGCAAUUUUUAUAUGUGUUCUGACGGCGCCUCUGAACGAAAUCAAGUGGUUUGGCAAGAACGCACCGUUGACAAAUGGAGAAAAGUUUGAAAUCAGCGUUUCGGAGGAUAAACUCAUCCACAAAUUGAUUGUGCGCGACUGCUUGCCACUGGACGCGGGCAUCUACGCCGCGGUGGCGGGGAUCAAAUCGUGCAACACCUGGCUUGUGGUUGAAGACCCGGGUGUUCACUUCCACGUUGGACUUUCUGACUGUAAAGCCAUCAUCGGAGAAGACGCGGAACUUGUCUGUAAACUCAGCAGCGAGGACUGUGAGGGUAUCUGGUACAAGGACGGAGAAGAAAUCAAGUCGAACGAGGGUAUGACCAUUAUAAAAGAAGGAAGCUACCAUAAACUGAAACUUCACAAAGUCCCAGAAGAGUUUGCUGGAAAAUAUAAAUUUGAAGCAGAUGGACGUAAGACUGAGGCAUUGGUUGUCGUUGAAGAUCCGCCGAGAUUUGACCCGGAGGAACUAAAAACCUUUAUCACUCCUGUAACGGUGAAAAAGGGUCACAAAGCAACCUUCAAGUUGACCUACAUGGGACGCGAGCCGAUAAAAGUUCAGUGGUUCCUCGAGGGGGAAGAGCUUUCGGACGAGGCUAAUAUCAAGCUGGAAACCUCGGAUGGCUGCACACGUCUGCUUCUGAUCAAGCUGCAGCGCAAGGACAGCGGUGAAGUCAAGUUGAAGCUCAAAAAUGAGUUUGGCACAGCCGAGGCCCUAACUGAAUUGAUUGUUCUAGCAUACCCUGGACCCCCAUCAACACCAAAAGUUGUCACAGCUUUCAAGGACUGUAUCACCCUCUCCUGGUCUCCUCCUGCUAACACGGGAGGUACAAACAUUAUCGGAUACAACCUUGAAAAGCGCAAAAAAGGAAGCAAUCUGUGGGGUCAAGUCAACCCGCCGGAAGAACUGAUCAGAGCUAAAACAUACGCGGUGAAAGAUGUGGUAGAGGGGAUGGAGUACGAAUUCCGUGUGUCGGCUGUUAAUAACUCUGGAGCUGGUGAAUUCAGCACACCUUCGGACUUUGUCUUUGCCAGAGAUCCUAAAAAGCCUCCUGGAAAAGUCAUCGAUUUAAAGGUGACCGACUCUAGCUACACGACCCUAUGCUUGUCUUGGAUGAAACCUAAAGAAAUUAAAGGGGUCGAGGAUGAAGCUAAGGGAUACUUCGUGGAGAUCCGACCUGCAGAAAACACAGAGUGGAAUCGUUGCAGUACCACCUUAGUAACCACAAAUUUCUACACGGUGAAAAACAUGAAGUCAAUGGGCAUGUACUGGGUGAGAGUGAUUGCUAUCAAUGAUGGCGGAGAAGGAGAACCAAAGGAACUAGAUAACUUCGUCCUUGCGAUGCCGCCUCCCGUGAGACCACGCUUCACUGACACAAAAAUCAAGAGCUUCAUGGUGGUGCGAGCUGGAAAUUCAGCCCGACUUACAAUGAAUUUUGAGGCCUCCCCUUGGCCUGAGGUGACGUGGCUAAAAGACGAUGUGCCAGUUAGUAAAAAAGUGACAAUUAGCAAUGCAGAAUGCACAUCGCAGCUCCUGCUUCCUUCUGCCGAGCGCUCGGACUCUGGUGUCUACACCAUUGUUGUCAAGAACAUUGUGGGACAAGAAACAUUCAGUAUUGAAAUAAGAGUCACAGAUGAGCCAAAAUCUCCAGGUCCGGUGGAAAUUGAAGAAAAUGUGCCCGGCACAGUGACAAUUUCAUGGGAGGCUUCCCCAGAUGAGAAACGUGAUGACAGGUUGCAUUACAUGGUGAUGAAGAGAGACUCCAGCAAGCGAACAUGGAACACCGUGGCGGAUCACAUCUUUAACAAUAAGUUCACAGCCUGCAACAUCAUGCCGGGCAGAGAGUACCAAUUCCGUGUCUACGCAAAGAAUGACAUGGGCUCUUCUAAACCCUCCGAAUCGCCAAAAUGGCUGGUAUCAAACAAGAAAGAGAAGUUCACAGUGAACAUGCCGAAAUCCAAGACAUGUGAUCUCCAGUGCCCUCCAAAGUUCCUCGUGCCUCUGAAAAUGCAUACCGCUCCCCAAGGAUACGAAUGCUACAUGAGUUGCGCGUUAAAGGGAGACCCGACGCCACACGUCACAUGGCUUCGCAACAACAUUAGCCUGAAUACCAACACCAACUACUACAUCUCCAAUACAUGCGGCGUCUGCUCUCUGCUCAUACUGAGGGUCGGCGCCAAGGACACCGGAGAGUACAAGGUGGUAGCAGAAAACCCCAUUGGGAGAGCAGAGUGCUCCACCAAGUUGACGGUUAGGGAAUAA